CUUCAAACAACUUGAGACCAGAGCCCAGCACCUCGGUGCAGCCAUGAGUGCGGAGGUGAAGGUGACAGGGCAGAACCAGGAGCAAUUUCUGCUCCUUGCCAAGUCGGCUAAGGGGGCAGCACUGGCCACACUCAUCCACCAGGUGCUGGAGGCCCCUGGUGUCUACGUGUUUGGGGAGCUACUGGAUAUGCCCAAUGUUAGAGAGUUGGCAGAAAGUGACUUCGCCUCCACCUUCCGGCUGCUCACCGUGUUUGCCUACGGGACCUAUGCUGACUACUUAGCUGAAGCCAGGAAUCUUCCCCCACUUACUGAGGCUCAGAAGAAUAAGCUUCGACAUCUGUCAGUUGUUACUCUGGCUGCCAAAGUCAAGUGUAUCCCAUAUGCAGUGCUGCUGGAGGCCCUUGCCCUUCGUAACGUGCGCCAGCUGGAAGACCUUGUGAUAGAGGCUGUGUAUGCCGAUGUCCUGCGCGGCUCCCUGGACCAGCGCAAUCAGCGGCUAGAGGUUGACUACAGCAUUGGGCGGGACAUCCAGCGCCAGGACCUCAGUGCCAUUGCCCGAACCCUGCAGGAGUGGUGUGUAGGCUGUGAGGUUGUGCUGUCAGGCAUUGAGGAGCAAGUCAGCCGUGCCAACCAGCACAAGGAGCAGCAGCUGGGCCUGAAGCAGCAGAUCGAGAGUGAGGUUGCCAACCUUAAAAAAACCAUUAAAGUUACAACAGCAGCAGCUGCCGCAGCCACUUCUCAAGACCCUGAGCAGCACUUGACAGAACUAAGAGAACCAGCCCCUGGCACCAACCAGCGCCAGCCCAGCAAGAAAGCCUCAAAGGGCAAGGGACUCCGAGGGAGCGCCAAGAUUUGGUCCAAGUCGAACUGAAAGGACUUGUUUCUUCCCUGGGAAUGUGGGGUCCCAGCUGCCUACCUGCCUACCCCUUAGGAGUCCUCAGAGAGCCUUCCUGUGCCCCUGGCCAGCUGAUAAUCCUAGUCCAUGACUUUUCAUCUCCUCCACCCCCAAGCAUAAGCCACACCUCCUAAGGGAGGAGGCCAGCACAGGUCACGCUAUGUUGGUACUGUGUAUGUGUUCCAUUGCCUCUCUCCCUGUCCUGCCUGCUCUCACCCUUCUUCACUCAGCACUGUUCCUGCCCAUUACCCUGUCACUGAGCAGGUUGGCAGGCCUAUGGAGGGUGCUGUCUCUUCACCACCCACAGAGGUGUUCUCUACCACGCCUACCCCUGCAUGCCUAAUCUGCAGUUCCUCCUCGCUCCCCUUGCCUAUUGGGCUGCAUCUGAAAAGCCAUGGGGAAGGGCAGCUCCACUUUCAUCCCAGCCUUAGAUUCUGGAGCCAGUCUACCAUUCUGGGAAUCGCUGGACAUUGUCAUCCCAGAAUCCCAUCACACUACAGCUGUUUCUUGUCCUCCCUUAUCUCUUUGGGCCUGGGAAUACUGCUUCAGUGACCCCAGAGCCUGAGAACAGCUAUUUUUGAGAUGUUAAGAAAUGGUUCUUUGUUAGCUAAUCAUUUUAGGAAGCCAAUGGAAAUCCUGGAAGGAUUUAUAUCUCCUCCUGUGGCUUUGGUGGGGAAGGAAAUAUAGAUUGUAUAUUAAAAAAAAAAAAAAGUAUAUAUGAAUAGGUCUAUAUAUAACAUGACACAGAAAUAAAUCUAUGCGAAAUCUAUGUACAAAAAUGCCAGGAACUGGGCCUCUUCUGUCUUUGAUGUUUGUUAACAGGGAGAAGAUAAACCCCCAGUCCACUCAACAGCCAAGUGCUGGAAAGUGAAAAGAACCAGACACUGUUGCAGACUCUUGGCUAACAGCCAGGAGGCCUAGACCCUGGACAGAUUGCUCCAUACCUCAGCCCAUGUUGAGAAGUAAUGGGCACCUACUGAGCGCCACCAUGUCCUAACAGUGGAGAUGCAGACUGGCCGUCCCUGUCCCUGCUCAAGGACCUGCAGUGCAGUCUGCUUCCUCUCACCUCACAGAAUCACAAGGGGACGUGUUGGUAGUGAACUUGAAUUUCCACAGUGAAAGCACAUAAAACUAUUAGAUUUGUUA